GGGGCAAAAGGAAGGGAAGAGAGAGAGGGAGAGAAGGAGGAGGAGGGGAGUGGGAUAAAAGAGAGGGGAGGAGGGCUCAAUCCUUUCACUUUAUUCUCGUCAAUUGGAUACUUUGCUGUACUACUGAGAACGAGGUUACGAAGGGGAGAGAGAGAGAGUGUCUGUCCUCCCUUCCCUCCUGGCCUCGUCCAUCCUCACUUGCUUUCUGUUGUUUAGUGUCUGCAUUGCGCCGUUUGUCUCCAAAAUCCCCGAUUUUAUCACUCCUGGGCAUUUGUCUUCUAUCCUAUACCACUCUCAUCCACGUUUUUUUAAAAAGCUUUCGGCUUCAAUUUGAGAUUUUAUGAGGAAUCCUUGUGGGGAAGGUGCAAAAGCCCCUCUUCUUUCGGUUUUAUAGUAGCUGGUUGAGUUCUUUGCAAGUUCUAUACAAAUCCUAGAAAAUAUUAGAUUGGUUGGGGAAGCAAACAGUCCAUAUCUUUCUUUUACGCUUGAAAGUGCUGCCUUCUGAUCUGUUUCGGUGGAAAAGAUUGGGGGAAUAUCGUGUUAGAGGGAAGAAAGGCCCAAUUUUUGAGGGAGGUGGAGGAGGGCAGGAGGCACCAUUUCUUUGAAGCUGUAUGAAGGAGUUCUGAAACAAUGAGAGAUGAAAAUUCAAAGAAAAGCAAGCUAUCAUGGUCCAAGACGGUAAGAAAGUGGUUCAACAUCAAGGGCAAAGCUCAGGACUUUCAUGCAGAUGAUGUUGUUGGCAGAGGAGGUGAUGGAGAAUGGAGGUCCAGCUUCCCAGAAAGGGAGGCAUCCACAGUCAAGAAAAGUAGAACAGAGAGAUUGCCCAAGAAGAGCAUGGAUCGAGUUUGGCGAGGAAGGAACGAUCUUGAUUCAGCUCAAGUUACAGACAUUCAGGAGUACAAGAUGUUUGUUGCAACAUGGAAUGUGGGUGGGAAGUCCCCACCAAGUAACUUGAAUCUUGAGGACUGGCUCCAUGCUUGUCCUCCUGCUGAUAUAUAUGUUUUGGGGUUUCAGGAAAUUGUUCCUUUGAAUGCGGGGAAUGUUCUAGGUGCUGAAGACAAUGGCCCAGCGAGGAAAUGGGUGGCACUCAUUAGAAAGACACUGAAUAAUCUUCCUGGCACUUGUGGCAGUGGCAGCUACCACACACCCUCUCCCGUUCCCAACCCAAUUGCUGAGCUCAAUGCUGAUUUCGAGGGUUCAUCAGUGAGGCAGAAGAACUCAUCGUUCUUUCAUCGGCGAUCAUUCCAGUCUCUGAGCCGUAGUUUAAGAAUUGAUGGAGAUAUCAUGGUCCCACCACCAAGGCUGGAUCGCCGAUUUAGCGUUUGUGAACGUGUCAGCUUUGGGAGCAGACCAAGUGAUUUUGAUCCCAAUUUUAGAUGGGGUGGGUCAUCUGAUGAUGAGAAUGUUGGCAUGGAGUCACCUAGUGUGGUCUAUUUUUCCCCAAUGUCAUAUGGCUAUGGUGUUCCAUCAAUGGAAGAGAGGGACAGACCAUCAGGAAGAUCUAGGUACUGUUUGGUUGCAAGCAAGCAGAUGGUUGGGAUAUUUCUCACAAUAUGGGUGAGGAGUGAAAUUAGAGAUGAUGUAAAGAACUUGAAGGUAUCUUGUGUUGGCAGGGGAUUAAUGGGUUAUCUCGGCAACAAGGGUUCAAUUUCCAUUAGCAUGUCUUUGCACCAAACAAGCUUCUGCUUCAUCUGCAGUCACUUGACCUCAGGGCAGAAGGAGGGAGAUGAGCUACGAAGGAACUCUGAUGUUAUGGAGAUUCUGAAGAAAACUAGAUUUCCACGGGUUCAUGGGGUUGCUGAUGAAAAGUCACCUGAAACUAUUUUGGAGCAUGAUCGAAUAAUAUGGCUUGGGGAUUUGAAUUACCGCAUCGCUCUUUCAUAUCGCUCAGCAAAGGCUCUAGUUGAAAUGCGAAACUGGAAAGCAUUGUUGGAAAGAGAUCAGCUUCGGAUAGAGCAAAGAUAUGGCCGCGUUUUUGAGGGAUGGAAAGAAGGAAGAAUAUAUUUUCCUCCAACAUAUAAAUUUUCAACUAACUCAGAUCGAUAUGCAGGGGAUGACAUGCAUCCAAAAGCAAAGCGACGGACACCAGCAUGGUGUGACCGAAUUUUAUGGUAUGGAAGAGGCAUCAAUCAAUUGUCUUAUCUUCGUGGUGAGUCCAGAUUCUCAGACCAUAGACCCGUGUAUGGAUUUUUCGCGGCAGAGGUUGAAAUAAUCAAUCGUAGCCGAAUCAGGAAGAACAUGGGUUGUUCUAGCUCUAGAGUAGAGGUUGAAGAACUUUUGCCAUACUCACAUGGAUAUACUGAUCUCAACUUCUAUUGAUGGGACCAACCAUCUAGGGCCUACAUGAACGUGCAUUCUUCUUUUGAUCGAAGAAAAUGUAUACUUUAUCUUGCUGCAUGCAGAGAGACCUGAGGAAGGACACGGACUACCGGUGUUUUUCAUAUGGUUAUUCUGCAUAUCCUGAAUCAACUUUAGCCGCUUUGUGGAUUCAGUUGGCAAUAAUACAAUUAAGCAAAAGAGAUCAAAGAAGAAGCAUUCCCAGAACACUAACUAUAAGGAAAAGGCUGUUCAAAUUUUGUCACUAACCAAGUCAACAGAACAAACACUCGAGAGAAAAACUUAUAUUCCACAAUAAAUCAGUUGCUAACUAUAUCACUCCCCCAGCUUGUUUUUGCAUUCUUAAGACCCUCCAAGUGUUCUGUCAAGAAAUCAGAUGAUAGUGGAGAUCGGCGAUUUGAUCAAGGAAGGUCCCUACAUUCAAGUUCCUUAUUGCCGGCCAAUAACAUAAGGCCAUGACUCCAUGAUAGAAUCCUCGGGGAGCUGUCAACAAUAUGAAAAGAGCUCAUUUGCCAUAUAAUCCAAACUAUGAUAUAUGACAUGAUCCUCCUGAACAAGUUGGAGGGAAUUUUUUGUAGUUUGAGAAGUAGGAGAAUGAUUUUGGGCAAAUAAUCAUGUGUAUAGUUCUUUUCCGUUAUGUAAGUUGGAAAGUGAGGAUGACUUCUGCAUUCAUACUCAUUGCCACGGUGAUAAAAGAAUGUUGAUAUUAUUUGUUGGUCAGAGGGCAUGGUUUAUUGUUUUAGCUGAAAAAGAUUGUACCAUUGAUUGUCUCUGGUGGUUACUUUGUUUUAUAUUGCUUCUUUUCUAUUGUAGAUAUCAUAAAAAGCAGGAAAAUGACAGAUCUUGUGGGCAGUCUUGGGGACAUGCAUUUUAGAGGCUAAGAAAAAGGAUCAGAGGGAUCAAAAGAUAUAUGUUUAUGUGCAGUGAAAGGAAGGCCUUCUUUGACUCCCCUCUGGAUGGGUGAAAGCUU